AUGAGCAAAUCAUCACUUCCUACCUAUGAUCAAUUACCCAUCGAUCCAAAGUAUCCUGCAAAGACAGCUUGGGGCUUGUGGGGUACUGGUGACAAUCUUGGUACCUUGAACUUGUUGACAGCUGAACGUGUUGCAGAGGCCAGUCAAUGCAUCAAAGAAGGCAAAGUCUUCCCACUUAAUUGGGAAUUGGAGAAACCAAGCCCUCCACUUUUUGGCAGAGCCGAAACCAAGCAUACCAUUUUGCCUCAUACGGAUGAACACACAGGCUACGACGACCGCUUAGAUAAUUUCAACCCUCAAGCAUCGUCACAAUGGGAUGGUCUUCGCCACGUUGCUCACAUGCCCACAAAGUCGUUUUACAAUGGCGUAUCAAGAGAAGAGUUGAAGGAAGGAGAAACUGAACGCUUGGGUAUCCAUCACAUGGCUCGUCGUGGCAUUGCAGGCCGCGCUGUACUAUUGGAUUAUGCACGUUGGGCAAAGAUUCAUCGCCCUGCAUAUAAUCCCUUGGAACGUAUCGAGAUCCCUGUUGAGGAAUUGCAACAAGUCGCUGAAGCCCAAAAGGUUACCUUCAAGGAAGGUGAUAUCUUAAUGGUCAGAACCGGUUGGAUGGAAGCAUUUGAAAAAGUGGGCAGUGAAGGUCUUGCAAAGAUGAUGGAUAUCAACCAUCCUCAUUGUGCAGGCGUCAAACCAGGUGAUAAUACUUUCCGCUGGAUUUGGAAUAAUCACUUUUCCGCUGUUGCCGCCGACAACUUCCCCUUUGAGGCAUUCCCUCCUAAGGAUUGGAAUAACUCUUGCCAUUCCAUGUUUUUGGGUGGUUGGGGUAUGCCUAUUGGUGAAAUGUUUUACCUUGACAAGCUCGCCGAGGAUUGUGCCCGUGAUGGCGUUUACGAAUUCUUCUUUACCAGUGCUCCACUCAACAAGUAUCAGGGUGUUGCAUCCCCUCCCAACGCCAUCUGUAUCAAAUAA